AAAAUCAAUAGUAAUGAACAAGUUUAUUUCAAGUUUAGAUAUAAGAUAGAAUAAAAAUCAACAAAAAUAAGCAGCUAUUAAAAAUUUAACGGUGAGCAGAGUCCGUGAUUGGCUGACUCUGUUAUUGUACGACUUCUCUAGUACCCGUUAAAACGGAAGUCAGAAUUUAAUCUCGACGAAACCGCGUGAAAAUGAAAUAGGUUUGAAAAGAAUGUUUGAUUUUAGAGUGAUUUUAACAGUACCAUUCCUUUUUAUUGCAGUGAUAAUCGAUCUUAUAAGCUUCAAGACAUUUAUUGUUAUAUCGUUGUUAAUUUUAUGUGCGCUUGAAUUGUUCAGAAGAUGGUCUUCUAGUGGUCGUGUUCGCGCUAACGAGAGACAACACAAGGGAAGAAAGAACAGUGAAAAGGAGCGUGUGUCAGCCACAAAUGGUUUUUUUAUAAACAUGUUUUUAAACAAAUCAUUCCAAGAGAAAUCAAAAACUAACAAAAGGAGUGUUUUAUCGCCAUGGAUGUUUGGAUCAUCCUCACCUCCGGUGACAACGGUCGGUCGAGUUCGAAAUCGUAACGUUUCAUUAAGGAACAAUUCUUUUGCUGGUAGAAGAUCCGAUUUCAAUGUUUCUAGAACUACAGACAGUAACCUGCGGUCUAUUCCUUUUCUCCCGACUGUUAGACGAGCACUUGGUCUGGAAAAUGCAUUAAGAAGCCCACUUACAAAGACUUCAGAGGUUGCAGCAGCAUAUCCAGAGAGACCAAUUGCUGGAUUUCUACCUGCAGUCAGGCUGGGAAGAAGAGAAAGACCUUCAUUUUCUCCAGUUUCCAGAGUCGUGGGAAGAAGUCCAAACACUGUGAAGAUUGCUCCCCCUGAUUCCAGGCAGAUUCAAAACUCAAGAUUAUUCCAAGUGAAAAACUCUCAGAAAGAUGAAAAAACAAAAACUACACCAAACACCCAGGCUGUGUUGUGUGCUUUAAAAGAGAAAAGUUUUAGUAGAAAAAGAAGCAUGACAGGAAUGGAUGUCACCAUCUCAGAUGUACAGGAGCAGAUGGCUAAACGAAGGCGUCAAGAAAGUCAGCAAUCCAAUGCCUCCACCUCUUCCCUGCCAUCUUUACCGGAAAAUCUUCCUGACCUGUCCAGUAAGGGGUAUAGCAUCCCCCGUCUGAAGACCCCCAACCUGAAGCGCUCCAUUAACAUGACCAACCUCACAGACAUGGAUGGUCAGGACUGGGAGGAAGCAGAUAGGGAACACAGUCAGAAGCGACCCAGGCGAGAGGCCCCAUACAACUCCAUUGCCAGUUCACUCAGUUCCAGUCGGAGAAUGAAGGAGAGACAGGCUGUCAGCAAAAGGAAGAUGGAGUCCAAAGAGAACAGUUUUACGGAGGAUGGGUCUGGUCGAAGUUCCCCUGUGACUAAGAAACCCUCAUUACAUAGUAUGGACACCGUUCUGUUGAUGGAGGACAAAGACACCCCAACCUCUGCAGAUCAGAAAACAGACAAUGCUUCAAAAAGUCAGCAGACUGAUUUGGAAACAUCAGUUGCAGAGUUUCUAAAUAAGUCUGGGACACACAAGACAGUUCGAACACCUAAACGAGUUGCUCUGACAGAGAAAGUGUCGGCCAGAAGGCGAGAUAUGUCCCUGUAUGCAGGGCUGAAUAAAUCGUACAAAAACGUUCCACAAGCCAAUGUUGUUGCAAAGAUAGAAGAUUAUGAUAAAGACAGGGAAGAAGAGGAAAAGCGAGUCCAGGAUAUGAUGUCAGAGAUUGGGGAACCAGAGAAAGAGGCAGCCACACCAGAAACGACCAGCGCUUCCACUGUUUCAUCAACAGCUUCAGCAUCAAUAGCAGCUGUAUCUCCACUGGCUACCAAUGCCACAUCUGUAACUCUUGGAUCCACCACUCCUCUCUCUGUGACCAGUUCCAGUGCUUUACUCAACUCCACUCCUGCAUCUACAUCCACCCCGGGAAUAUUAUCGAUCAGCACUACCACAUCUACAAAUUCUACUUCCCCAACCACCAAACCUUUAGCUUCAGCUGGAUUUUCUUUUGGUGGCUCCCCAAGUGGUAUCAAUGGGUCUAGUUCCAUGGCCAGUCUAUCCAGUAGUACAACCACAGUGACAAGCGCCCAAGGGACAAUAGCCAGUGCUGCACCCUUCAGUUUGGGAACUACCUCAACAUCAACGACAAACGCUAGCACAGUGAAAGGUUUUCAGUUUGGACAGUCACCAGCCAACAAAGCAGAGACUUCCCCACUAUCUGGAACUCUGUCAUCACCAUCUUCUACUCCAGCAUCAUCCACUGUAUUAGGAAUGGCCUCCAAUGCAAGCAUAACCACACCCACAUCUACAUCAGCUGCACCUGCUUUAUUUGGUGGAAAAACAACUUCAGUUGUAUCCUUAUCCAGUGGACCAGGAGGUUUCAGUUUUGGUGUACAGACUACACCUUCCUCAAGUUCUGUAACAUCAGUAUUGUCUGGUAUAGGUGCGCCUGGAGGAUUCAACUUUGGAACCCAGAGUUCAAGUACUCCUUCAACGAUAAGUAAUGUUACCACUACCACGUCAUCAAAUGUUGGAGGAUUCAACUUUGGAACCCAGAGUUCAAGUGCUUCACCAGCACUUACUAAAAACACUACUACAUCAUUAUCAAAUGUUGGAGGAUUUAACUUUGGAACCAGUGUUUCACUAGCACUAACUAAAGAUACAACUACCAUGUCAUCAAAUGUUGGAGGAUUCAACUUUGGAGCCCAAAGUUCAAGUGCUUCAUCAGCACUUACUAAAGACACAACUACAUCAUUAUCAAAUAAUGGAGGAUUCAACUUUGGAGCACAGAAUCCAAAUCCUUUAUCAUCAGUAAACAAUGUUACAACAGCUACAUCAACAGUAGGUGGGUUCAACUUUAGUGGAAGCACAAGCACAGCUCCACUUGGUGGAUUUAAUUUUGGAAAUCAGCCUACAGCUACACCUGCAGCAGCAUCUUCAGGAGGGAUUCCUUUCACCAACCAGACAGCCAGCACAACAGUUUCAUCAUCAGCUCCAGGUGGAUUUAAUUUUGGAGCUACAACUGCUGUUCCAUCAAGUUCCGUAGAUGUCUUUAAUGUUGGUGCUGGAAAGGCUCCUAAUGCUGCUAAUACAACUCCUAACACCUUUAACUUUGGAAGUAAGCCAUCUACCACAGCUGCACCACCACUUAGUGUGAACCCUGGAGCUGCACCACCACUUAGUGUGAACCCUGGAGCUGCAUCUGCACUAGGAGUCUUUGCCUUUGGUUCACAACCUACCACUUCAGCAGAUGCAGUGGGUGCAGUAGGAAGCUUUAAUUUUGGAACCCAGAAUCAAGCUGCUGCACCAACAACUACUACAACUGCAGGGGGUUUUAAUUUUGGUGCACAGAAAGUCUCAUCUACAACUUCAUCAACAAUUGAUGGAUUUAAUUUUGGAACUUCAAACUCAUCAGCAGGAGUUUUUAAUUUUGGUACAACUAAGUCAGCUACUAUUGCAGCCCCAGGGAUGUUUGGCUCCACCUCCACAUCAAAACAAGAACCACCAAAGUCAGUCUUUGCUUUUGGAGCAGGCACUCAGAACUCCUCCGCCUCCUCUUCAUCCACUUCAUUUGUCCAACAGUCUACUGGGUCUCAACCAAGUUCAACUAGUUUUAAUUUUGGCCAAUCCACCACAACUGCCAGCAGUGUGUUUGGUCAACCAAAUGCUACUCAGUCUGGCUCCCCCUUUGUACAAUCUCAGCCAUUUGGACAAACUUCCCGAUCCCAAUCUUCAGCAUUUGUAAGUAACACAUCUGGCAGUUCUUUUGGACAAACCAGCAACACACAGUCAGUGUUUGGACAACCUACAGGAUCUCAAAAAACUACAGGAUUUGGACAACCUUCACAAACUACAUCUAGUUUUGGACAACAACCAUCAGGUCAGCCAUCCUUUAACUUUGGACAGCAGAGUCAGAUAACCCAAUCCGGUGCAGUAUUUGGCCAGCCACCAAAUCCUCAGCAAUCCUUUGCAUUUGGACAACAACAAAAUAUGGGCUUUGGACAGCAACCUGUAGCUGGUUUUGGACAAACCUCAAAUCCUCCAGCUUUUGGCCAGUCAACAAAUGCCCCUGCUUUCACUAAAUCUGCCAGUUCGCCAUGCUUUGGAUCUACCAAUGUAAAUGGUGGUGGCCAAGGGUUUAACUUCGGCUUGUCAACACCCAUGAAGAACCCUCAAAAUCCUACAGGGUCUUCUGGGUUUAAUUUUGGGACACCUCAGAACAACAGCGCUACACCAAAUCAAUCCACCCCAGCCAAUGCUAACCAAGGAUUUGAUUUCUCUCAAUCCUUAACUCCAUCCUUUAACUUUGGAGGAGGUAAUACUUCUUUUGGAACCCCAGGUGGAAGUGUUGUGCCGCAACCUAAUUUUGUGGGGCCUCCUGCCUUCAAUGUCGGUGCUACAAGUAAUCAAGUCAAGGGUCGUCCUGUCAGGAAACCUGUACGGAGAACAAGAAGAUAGAGGAAAACUGACCAAAAGCAUCCUACUCGUCUUUCACUCUGGAAUUUUGAACACAAAAAGAAAUGAAAUGUUAUCAUUUUGUUAAUUUUCAAUCUAAAGUGGCUGAACAGUUUGUUGUACUUUGAAUUCAAGUUGGCAUUCAACAAAGUAAUAUAUAUAAUUUUUUUGGCCGAAUUUGUCAUCAGUAUGAGAUUUUUUUAAAUUUUUUUAUUUUGGCAGACUCGCUUUAGUGAAGGGACAUGUACUUCUGAUAUAUUAAGGGUUUUUGCUUUUUUUUUGAUAGUUGAAUAGAAGAAGAUAAUUUAAUUGUCUGUCUUUAGAGUAAUUUUAUAUUGAUGUACAAAAACUUUUGAUCACAAUUUAUUAAUAUUAAUAAUGUACAUGUCAUACUGUAGGUCUGGUUCAUUGGCAAAGCUUUUAGUUUCACAAAAAGUGAGAUAAUAAAUUCAUGGGAAUUUAAUUCUCGUGAUAUUUUAGUUCUUUAUUAUUAUUAUUUUUUGUAAAAAUCAGUUGCUGGGAAAUAUUUCUUCCUAUACCUGUACAUUUAUUAACAAACUUGUCAAAUCUUUUGAAAUUAAAAGCUCACAAAAUAAAAAUCCAGAUCUACAAUAUAUAGGAGUUUCAAAUAAGAUUUUCCAGUGGUGGAUAUACUGAAAAUUUACUUCAUAUAAGUCCCAUUGAGGGAUGAGAAGUAUGCUCAACUUAUUUGAAGCUCUGAAAGUGUGAUAUAUAUUAUAUAUUGUGCUAUUGAGGACUGUUUUAGAGUCUACAACAUGUGAAUUGUUGGUCAAUUCAAAAUGAGUUUCCAUGUUUAUGAAUUAAUUGGGUUUUUUUUUUUUUUUUUUUGGUUUUUUAAGUCUCCAAAAACAGAUUUUGUUUAAUAUCAAAGUUUUUUUUCUUCUUUCAAAAUAAGGUGCUUGAAUUCUUCAUUUGGUAACUUAUUUUGAUUUUGUACUAAUUUGUUGAAUUUGUAUUGUUGUUAUUCUGUACCAGUCCAUCUGAUACAUUAAUUUUUGUGAUGGUGCCAAAUUUACUCUAAACUCUGUUAAAGUAGUAAAGCUUUAACACGAGUGAUUCUUCCACUGUGAAACGGUGAUAAUUUAAUGUACAUGUACCGUAUGCAAUAUAGUAUUUACCUCACAAUUUCACAAAAGUUAGUGUUCAGAAUCAUCUCAAUAAUGGUGAUUUUUCCCUGUUUUGUAAAUAAAUCUGUUGUAUCCCUGACAAAAUGUUUGAAUGUGCGUGGCACGGAAUGCUGAGGUUUUCUGACCGCAGUCAGUCUGAAGUUUCUGGACACUGGAAUGCUGAGGUUUUCUGACCGCAGUCAGUCUGAAGUUUCUGGACACUGGAAUGCUGAGGUUUUCUGACAGCAGUCAGUCUGAAGUUUCUGGACACUGGAAUGCUGAGGUUUUCUGACCGCAGACAGUCUGAAGUUUCUGUACACUGGAAUGCUGAGGUUUUCUGACCGCAGUCAGUCUGAAGUUUCUGGACACUGGUGUUUAUUAUCAGUAUUUUGAUAAAAUAUGUAAGUUACAAGGACAUUGUGUUGUCAGUUACUUAGGGGGGAUGGGAAUGUACGAUUCUCAAUAUUUACCAUGAAACUAAUCCCAAAUGUUACCAUGGGUAGGAUUUUCUUGGUGCUAGAAUAAAGAAGCACACUUGUGGGGACUUGACUUUGUGGUUGAUAUUAAGUUGCUUCUGUUUCAUUGUAGUUUAGUUUUUCUUAUGGAGAAUUUUGAUUCAUAUACCUCAAAACCACAAAAAAUUAAGCUCCACAAUUUUAUAGUCCCCACUUUACAUAGGAUCCUUUUCAUAUGUUGAGAUGCAUUGAUAUCAGUACAGCUAAGAAUAAUGUUUUAGUCAAUUUACUUAACAAUGUUAAUCUGAAGUAAUGUAUAAACUGAUUUUAUUGGCAACUACUUGUUUGUGUGAAUUACUAAUUAGCAACAUUACUUGAUGAGAAAUGUUUGUUAGGCAGUCAAUACAUACAUGCAUGUACAACACCUUAUUAAUGAAGACUUGUUACUCUGAAAGGGUUCACAGAUCUAAAAUAUUUCUCGUAAAUGAUAGGAACGGGUAUAUGUAUGAUUUGAAGACAGAUUGUUGAUUGGAAUUUAGAAUGCAAGUGAUGUGGAGUGUGUUGCUGUUUAGAAAGCAAGGAAGUUGACAAAAGUUCAGGUGCUAGUUUUUUAAAUACCCGGGAGACUGAUAAUUGCAGUUGUAGAUCAUGAGAAAUUCUUACAGUAUUUGCUAGUACAAGUUGUUAUGCAUCUCCAGUAUGGUGACUGUCACUAGCUCAACUAACAUAGAGCAGGCAAACACUGCUUAGGUGUGUUUUAUCUACAUUUACAUGUAUAUAGUGUCACAGCUGUCGUGAGGCAAUUUUUUUAAUGACAUUGUCACAAGUGUUGCAUGAGUUGUUUUUUUCUUGGUGUCAUUCCAGAUGAGUUACCACCCAAAAUGAUAUUCAUCAGAAAAUUUUCAGAAAUUAGUUAUUCAGGUUUGCAGACUCUGAAAUUUUUAAUUUUUUGGUGAAUACAUGCCACAUAUUGUGUUGUUUUUUGAAAAUAUAAAUCCCCCCUCCCCCCCAAGGAGUUCUUGCUAAAGAUAUACGGUAUCUGAAUAUUUGAAGUUAGAAUGUAAACUGAAGAACACAUUGUACAUGUAUUUCAUACAAAUUGUUCAGUGCCAGUAACAUGUAAUCAAUUAAAAUGCUGGAAUCGCC